AUGCCCAGCCCGGUGCCGCGAGGCCGCCGGCCGCCCACUCCCCCCGGCGCUCGGGACCAGCCCCCGCUCUCUGGCGAUCCCCCUGCGCCCCAGCGCCGCCCGGCCGGCCCAGGCACACCCCGCGGUCCCGGGCGCCUCGAGUCGUCCUUCUCCGUCGAGGCCAUCCUGGCCAGGCCCGCCCGUCGCGCGCCCACCGCCUCCCCGCCGGCCGUUCCGCCCUGCGCCGCCGCGACGCUCGGCGCCGCUCCCUCCCGGGUUCCCGCGACGUGGCUGCCCACCUACCUGGGCGUGGGUCUCCACCAGCCGUGCCCCCAACCGCCGAGGCCGGGGCUCCGCGUGCCUCACUUCUGCUGCCUGCAGGGCCUGGGCGUCACAGAGCUGACUCACUGCUCAGGCCUCUGGGGUACUCCAGACUGGGCUCCAACAGAGGAACUCCAGGACACUGAGAGACCCCAAAAGAGGGUUCGGACUAUGUUUAACUUGAAGCAGCUGGAAGAGUUGGAGAAUGUGUUUACAAAGCAGCACAAUCUUGUGGGGAAGAAGAGAGCUCAGCUGGCAGCCCAGCUCAACCUUACCGAAAACCAGGUGAGGGUCUGGUUCCAAAACCGCAGGGUCAAGUAUCAGAAGCAGCAAAGGCUGAAGCUGCCCAUUGUGUCUGCCAUGGCUGCCUCCCAAGACGAACCCUCCAGCAGCUCUGACAACAGCAACCAGAGAGAAGACCCUGAAUCAGGAAUGGACAGCUGA